GUUGACGACAGCGCAAAUCGCGGGCAGACGCGCGGCUUCUGCACGUUCUUCUUGCAUCGUCUUCAGAUCGCUGCAUCGUAAUCGUGAUUACGGGUUAAUAAUCGAUUUAAAAAAAUUAUUCUGCAACAUCUGUAUCUUAGGACAACAUUCGAAACGAAAUCAUAAAAGUAUGAAGUGCCUAUUGACAAUCACCGUUCUCAUGGUUAUUUCUUCAGUCAUUGAGGCAGAAACAUACAGAGUCACCGAUCAAGUCUACUUUGAUAUCAUGAUUGAUAACAAUCCAGCCGGUAGAAUUAUUAUUGGCUUAUUUGGUGAUAUUGCACCAAAAACAGUAAAGAACUUCAUCACUUUUGCUACAACAGGUGUAGCAGGAAAAAAGUAUGCAGGAACUAAAUUCCAUCGCGUGAUAAAGAAGUUCAUGAUUCAAGGUGGCGACGUUGAAAACGGCGAUGGCACUGGUUCUAUUAGUAUUUAUGGCAAAUAUUUUGAUGACGAAACUUUUGAGGUCAAGCACAGCGGACCAUUGUUUGUCAGCAUGGCAAAUGCUGGAAAGAACACCAAUGGUUGUCAGUUUUUCAUUACCACUAUAGCAACUCCUUGGUUAGACGAUCAUCAUACGGCAUUUGGAAAAGUGAUUGACGGUGAAGCUAUAGUUUUCAAGAUCGAGCAGACCAAAACAGACAGCGAUGACAUUCCGCUCGUGCCUGUAAUAAUCUACGAUAGCGGAAUUCUUCCAACGGAACCAUUUACUAUAUCAGAUAAUCCCUACGAGUAAUCUAACAUUGAUGUGACUUUAAUAUUAUUAAUUGUUCCUCCCCCCUCUCCCCCCCCUCUCUCUCUCUCUCUCUCUCUCUCUCUCUCUCUCUCUCUCUCUCUCUCUCUCUCUCCAAUUCUUUCGUAGCUUAAUUAUAUUAUUACACUCCCCUUUAUUAAUUACAGACUGCACGUUAAUUAUCUUCGUAUAACUUGUAAAUUGAGAAACAAUAGUUACUAUAAUAUAAUUAAUUAGUUAAGUAGCAUAUAGUGAUGGCUACAAAUAUUUUUGUACGCUUCAGUAGCUUUACAGGCUUUAUUACACCCAGCAACAAUUUAUAUUAUAAUUUAGAAUUUAUAUUCUUUAUUUUAUAAUAAUUGAGCAAAUAAAAAGACUGCUAAGUAAACAUAAAUAA